AUGGUUAUCUUUGAUAAUGUCUUGCUGACUCAUGAAUUAGUUAAAGGGUAUAAUAGGAAAGGCUUGUCUCCAAGAUUUAUGGUAAAGGUGGACUUGUAUAAAGCGUGUGACACAGUUGAGUUGCCCGUUCUGAAGUUUCUAAUUUUGGAGCUAGGCUUCCCUUAUCAAUUUGAGCGGUGGAUUAUGGCAUGUUUGUCUUCUGUUUCAUACGGUUUCAAUGUCAAUGGUGAGUUGAAAAUUCCUUUUGCGAGCAGGAAAGGGCUUAUACAAGGUGAUCCAUAUUUCACCUUAUUUGUUUGUUUUGAGCAUGGAAUAUCUCAAUCGAUGCCUUUUGGGGUUGAAGAACACGAUUGGUUUUCACUUCCACCCCAAAUGCAAGAAGUUGGAUUUAACUCAUCUUCUGGACGCAAUGGUAAUCCUACAAAAAGUUCAAUUUACUUUGGUGGGGUUGAUCGUCAUGUUCAGAAUGUCCUUCUUCGUGACUUAGGCUUAUCUAAGGAAGAUCUUCCCUUUAGAUACAUUGGAGUGCCCCUGUCUUUCGAGAGACUUACUAUUAUGCAAAGUCAACGGUUAAUUAGAAAAGUCUUGGCUAGGAUUGAUAGUUGGACCGCAAAGUUACCGACUUAUGCAGGGAGAGUUCAACUCAUUAAAGCAGUGUUGUUCAAUAUCCAAACUUUUUGGUGUCAGGUUGUUGUUCUGCCACUAGGUAUCUCUAAGAGAUCGCUUGUAGCUUGGGAUUCAAUUUGUUUACCGAAGUCAGUAGAGGGCCUUAAUAUUCUAUGUGUCCAAAUGUGGAAUAAGGUUGUUGUUUUUAAGUUACUAUGGUGUUUAGCUCAGAAGAAGGAUAGAAUCUAG